GCGCAUGCGCGAAGGCCAGGCGCCCCUUAGUUCGUGCUUCUGCCUCUUUGACAAUGGCGGCUUGCGGCGUCGGGCUAUUGACCCGUUUGUCCCUGCGCGCUCAGAGAAGCCAAGUCCAGUGCCCUCUUCGCAGGCUUCUCAGUUGCCCAGGAACGGUGGCCGCAGACCUCAGGAGGGAAGAGCAGUCCUCGGGGAGCGCGGAGACAGGCUCUGAAGACAGGACUCCAAAAAAGAGAUUCUCCGAGGUGCAAAACGAGAGACGAGGGCAGGCCCAGCGGACUGUGUUGAUCCACUGCCCAAACAAAAUUGAUGAGAAAAAGUUUCUCAAGUUCUUAUCCCAGCAUGGACCUAUUAACAGCCACUUCUUCUAUGAAAGUUUUGGUCUUUACGCUGUUGUAGAAUUUUGUCAGAAGGAAAGUGUAACUUCAUUGCAGAAUAUAACUCGGACUCCAAGCCUGGGCCCAGAGGCUGCAAUUCCAUUCAAGUCACGUUACUUCAAUUUAAAAUUGAGAAAUUCAUCAAACCAGACUUCUGAACUGUCAAGUAUUCAAUGUAGUAACCAGUCUUCUCCUUCAAGCAAGAAGCUUUAUCAGUUACUUUGUUGUGCAGAAAGUGUAGAUGAUCAGCUAAACACUCUGUUGAGGGAAUUCCAGCUCACCGAGGAGAACACCAGGCUCCGGUAUCUCACCUGCUCUCUCAUUGAAGACGUGGCAGCUGCGUACUUUCCGGACUGUGCAGUCAGACCCUUUGGCUCCUCAGUGAACGGUUUCGGGAAACUAGGAUGUGAUUUGGACAUGUUUUUGGAUCUAGAUGAAAUUGGAAAAUUUACUGCUCAAAAGACCUCAGGAAAUUUUCUGAUGGAAUUUCAAGUGAAAAACGUUCCUUCGGAAAGAGUUGCGACUCAGAAGAUCCUGUCUGUGAUAGGAGAGUGCCUAGACCAGUUUGGCCCAGGCUGCGUGGGAGUACAGAAAAUACUGAAUGCCCGCUGUCCCCUUGUCAGGUUCUCACACCAGGCCUCUGGAUUUCAGUGUGAUUUGACUACUAACAACAG